AUGUCCUUUCCAAAGAACGAAAGCUCCAAGACCAAAUCUCCAGACGUUGCACCUCCUUUGAAACUAUCAACAACAUUUGACAGCCCAAGCCCAGACACAAGCCCCAGCCUCAACUCAAGCCCCAGCCUCAACCGAAGCACAGAGCGAGAACCAGACGACGAAACCAACGGAGCCCUCACCAUCACGUCACCUCAAACGGACUCCUCCAAACCCAAAGAGAGUCCCCGGCCGACCAAACCACUCCGCCGAUCGAGGCCUCGGUGCCAGAAGUUCACAUCUAGUACGCCGCCCACAGACGAUCAUAGCCAUCACCACCACCCUCAGACUCAAACCACCAGUGUCCGUACCGCUAUCCGUACCGCUGUCAGUACCUCUGCCGCCGGCAGAGAUACCCCUACAACCAGUACCAGUACUCCUCAUACGACGCCAAUUACUCCCACGACAUCAGCAGAGUGGUGUCAAGCAAAUCAAGACGAUCCCGUGGCAGUGUCCUUGGCUGUAGCUACGAGGGAUAUGACUGGGAUGAGCAUGAGUAUGGACAUGCAGGCGGGUUUUGGGCAGAAGAAAAGGGAGGAGGAGGAGGAGGAGAAGAAUGAAGAGAAGAGGGAGGCGGAGGAGGGGGAGGAAGAAGAGAGACCGAAGAAGAAGAAAACAAAAAAGAAUGGAUGGGAUAACGAGGAAGAUGCGAGAAGGGUUUUCGAAUGGAUUGCGAGUCCAGGGGGGCUUGAACCUGUGCCUGAGGAAUUUUUUAAGGAGAGUGUACCUUGGUGA